UGUAACAAACAUGUAGAAAUCACAGACCCCCUGCUGUCCCCACUACGAAAACCUUUGCCUCAAAUGACUCGUCUACGUCCGUCUCAGCUUCCUACCUGAACCGAGUUUGGUUCCGCCAGCGGUAAACGCACCUUUGAUUCAAAAUAGCCGUUCGAAUAUACCGGUGUUUGAACUGAGGAUGAGUGCAGGUCUGUGGAUGUGUAAAUAAACACAGAGGGGACUGUUUUAAAUAGCCCUUCACGGUUUGAGAAGCCCACCUCGUCUCCCGUUUGUGGUUCACGCUGACUGUUUUUAUCCAAAUCCGUCCUGUCUGCACCUUCUCCUGUAAACAUAUCUUUUCCUUCAGAACCCUGCUGGCUGGGUUAACGCUCACCUCGAGUAAAUGCAAGUAGCCGACAUCUGUGUUAAUGUAUUUAGCUUAAACCUGGGCAAAUAUUAUGUUGGAGUCCAACUGCAUAUCUGGAGAAGAACAAGAGCAUUGUCCUCCUCUGAGGAGUAAACGCACCUCCUAAGGUAGCGCUAAUGUUAAUAGGCUGCACCAAAUAAUUAAACGGUUGACAGUAGGCCGUGUCGGUUGUACUAUUUAUGUCUUGAAAGUGUGUAGCCAUUUAGAAUUUCUUUGAAGGUGGUUUUUGUGGAGGGGCUGAACACACACUCCUCCCUUCCUCUCUCUCUCUCUGUGUCUCUCUCUUUUGGAGCCCUCUCACCCUCUCAUUCAGAGCUCUGAGGUUAUACGUCACUGUCUGUGUAGCUAUAAACACUCUCCUGCAUCCCUCCUUCCAUCCCACUGGACGUCUGCACAGUGACUUGUGUUCAUGAUGAGCACAGCUAGACUAAUCUUUUAGUUACUGUUCUGGGAAGUCGCAGUGAUCUGAGAGUCCUAACAAGAGCUUCUAGCAUACCUAAACCAGGCAAUCAAGAACACCGACUACCUGGUACAGGUGUCUGGGGCACCCUGAGAUACCGCUUUACAUCCGCAUUACCAUUUUAAAUGAAUUCUUUCCUUUUGCCAGACCCAGAUUUGAUGCCCCAUUGACCUAUAAUGAGGGAAUGUUAUUUGGGAUCGCUAAUUGUCUGUCUAUUCCUGACCCACACCAAAGGACAUGAUCAGGAGGACAGUCAAGCUGGUUGUAGCACCACAUCCAAUGACUUGGUGUACAUCAUCGAUGGCUCGUCAAGUCUUGGGAUUGCGGACUUCAACACAGCUAAGCGCUGGCUCGUUAACAUCACCAGUGGCUUUGAUGUGAGCUCCCGACACACUCAGGUGGCUGUGGUCCAGUACAGCGAUACGCCACGUCUGGAGAUCCCUCUCGGGAAGCACCAGGACACCCAGACCCUUCUGAGGGACAUCGCUGCAAUCUCCUACCUUGGUGGCAAAACCCAGACAGGCCGUGCUAUUAAGUUCGCCACUGACCAUGUGUUCUCUGUGGUAAACCAUACCACGAAGACCACAAGGAACCGUAUUGCCGUGGUUCUGACGGACGGACGGUCACAAGACGAUGUGGUGGAUCCAGCAAUGGAGGCCAAAGCACAGAACAUUGUCCUGUUUGCUGUGGGCGUGGGAGAUGAGAUUACCAAUGCUGAGCUGGUGUCCAUGGCCAACAAGCCUUCUUCUACAUACGUGCUGCAUGUGGAGGACUACACCUCCAUUGGGAAUAUAAGGGAUGUGAUGGAGCAGAAACUCUGUGAGGAGUCGGUGUGUCCUGUGAGGAUCCCUGGUACUAUCAAUGGGCAGAAGGGCUUCGACCUGAUAAGUAUGAUGGGGAUCGAGGUCGUGGCUAAAAAGGUCCAGGGAUCUCUCGUAUCAGAAAGGGCUUACCUCCUGAACCCUCGCUUGAACCUUACUCGCAGCACCAGAGGGAUCUUUCCAGAAGGCCUGCCUCCUUCGUAUGUAUUUGUGGCCACUCUGCAGGUGAAGAACCCAGUCCACCGCAUGAAGUUUGACCUCUGGAGGGUGCUGUCUGAAGAAGGUGUCAAGCAAGUCGCAGUGACCUUGAAUGGCCUAGACAAGUCGGUUACCUUUACCAGUACCAGCACGAUGAAGAAAGAGCAGACUGUCAUAUUUAAUGACCGAGGCAUUAAGAGGCUCUUUGACACAGACUGGCACCAGCUGAAGUUGUUGGUGAGGCCCAAACGCAUCACCUGUUUUGUAGAUGAUGCAUAUGUCGAGGAGCAGCUCUUGGAAGAAGCUGUCCCCAUCUACAUCAACGGGAAGACCCAAGUGGCCAAAAAAGUCAACAUAGAAACCACUGUGCCAAUCGUCUUGCAGAAGCUGCGGCUCUACUGUGACCCUCUGCAGAGCGAACGAGAGACAGCGUGUGAGAUCUACUCCGCAGACGAUGACAGGUGUCCUACUGAUCGUUCUCGUGCUGUAGAGGGCUGUGAUUGCCCCAGUGGUAAACCUGGCCCACCAGGCCUACCUGGACCCAUGGGCUUCAGGGGAGAGAAGGGUCGAGAGGGACCUCCUGGCCCAGACGGAAAACCUGGAAAGCUGGGAGAGAGGGGUCCACCUGGGCAGCCUGGAAGAGACGGUGAGAAAGGCGAAGCAGGUCAACCAGGACAAAAGGGGGAGAGAGGACUAGCUGGUCCCAAAGGUGAUAUGGGAAUCCAAGGGCCACCAGGACGGCCGGGCCCUCCAGGACCAACAGGCCCUGGACUCCCGAAAUGGAAUGAUUAUGGUGUAGAAGCAAGCAAGGGAAUCCCAUGGCAGCAAGGGGAAAUAGGACCCCCAGGGAAACCUGGACCACAGGGGGAGCCUGGGAUACCUGGAAAUGAUGGACUUCCAGGACAACUUGGACUAAAGGGUGAAAAGGGAGAUGUCGGUGAGCCUGGAAGUGAUGGACAGAACGGUAUUCCGGGCAUGAGAGGACAUCCAGGUGAAACAGGGCCUGCUGGACCUCAGGGUGAACGAGGCUUGCCAGGGACACCGGGUUCAGUGGGAACAAAAGGACCUCAGGGACCCCCAGGCCCAAUGGGACCACCUGGUCUAGAAGGACCAGUCGGGCCAAAGGGCAACUCAGGGCCUCGAGGGCAGGACGGCGUCCCGGGUGCACCUGGAUCGAAAGGAUCACAGGGCGAACCCGGAGUUCAAGGCCCUCAAGGCGUCAUGGGUCUACCAGGUUUAAAAGGCCAUAAUGGGGAAUCAGGAGAACCUGGUCCAAAAGGAAGUCAGGGAGAGAAAGGCAGCGAGGGAUCACCUGGGUUACCUGGGAAACCUGGUGAGCCAGGCCUCAGGGGGAGCAAAGGAGAGCGAGGUGGAGCCGGAGAUCAGGGAAUCAGAGGCGCCGAUGGGAAGAAGGGAGAAAUCGGUUUAAUGGGACCUGCAGGUCCGCGAGGAUAUCCAGGAAACAAUGGGUUGCCAGGGCAACCAGGUAUCCCAGGAUACCCAGGAAAACCGGGGAAGCCUCCUUCAGAAGAACACUUGAUGAAGAUUUGUGCAUCAGUGUUGCAGAAUCAACUGCCACAGCUCCUUCAGGCGAUGUCCCCCAGAGGGUGCCAACAGUGUGAGACGAUUAAGGGACCCCCAGGUGAUCCAGGCCCACCUGGAUCCAAAGGCCCAACUGGAACUCCAGGCUAUCCGGGCAGACCUGGAGCCCAGGGUUACCCGGGACAACCGGGGGCGAUGGGUCCAGUAGGCCCGAAAGGUCAAAUUGGACCAAUGGGCAUGAAAGGUGCCAAAGGAGAGAGUGACAACGGGCUCCCAGGUCCACCUGGCCCACCAGGUUUGCAAGGUCCUCGUGGACUGGACGGAGAGGGAUAUUCAGGACCCCCAGGAUCAACAGGGAAACCUGGCUCACCUGGUAUCCCGGGAAAACGAGGUCCUCCAGGAGCUGCCGGUGUUUGUGACCCAUCCUCCUGUUACAUGGGUUACGCUGGCCAACAAGGUCACUUCAUCAAAGGGCCUGACUUUUAGCAAACCACCUUGAUCCACACUUUGUACCGACUUUUAAGGGCCUCCCUCCAUGCUCCUGAGCCCAAACUUGGCACACUGACGUGACUCGUGUGUACUGGCUUGUGUUGGAUUUGGAUUGAUUUGAUAUUAACUUUCGUAUUAGGCCCAAAAACGAGGGCUUAGGAUUUGACCGUGGCAGUUUUUACUUGAGAUUAUUUGUCAAACCUACUACUUUUGGUUCGAAGCUAGAAUAACGAUCAUGUAAUGUACAGCGGUGCUUGAAAGUUUGUGAACCCUUUAAAAAUGUCUAUAUUUCUGUAUAAAUAUGACCUAAAAGAUGAUCAGAUUUUCACACAAGUCCUAAAAGUAGACCAAGAGAACCCAAUUAAACAAAUGAGACAAAAAUAUCAUACUUGGUCAUUUAUUUAUUGAGGAAAAUGAUCCAAUGUUACGUAUCUCUGAAUGGCAAAGUAUGUGAACAUUUGCUUUCAGUAUCUGGUGUGACCCCCUUGUGCAGCAAUAACUGCAGAUAAACGUUUGGGGUAACAGUUGAUCAGUCCUGCACGUCGGCUCGGAAGAAUUUUAGCCCGUUCCUCAGUACAGAACAGCUUCAACUCUGGGAUGCUGGUGGGUUUCCUCACAUGAACUGCCUGCUUCAGGUCCUUCCACAACAUUUCUCUUGGAUUAAGGUCAGGACUUGUGUGAAAAUCCGAUGAUGUUUUAGGCCAUAUUUAUGCAGAAAUGUUUCGAAAAUUCUAAAGGGUUCACAAAUGUCCGCGCACCGCUCUGACAGCAUGUAGGUGUUUGCUUUGUGGCAGCCUUUUAAUAUAUAGAAGUCUAUAUUGAUGAGAGAAAUUGUAUUGGGAAAACAAAACUAGGACAACAAAGAUAAGAUCAUUUCGUAUUGAGUCACCUGACCACAAAAAACUUUGUCCUCCCACAACCACAAACUUUGUUUCAAUUUCACAUUGGUGCUCGCUUUGGUGAAUUCCAUUUUAUUGUAAAUAGACAUAGGUGUUGCACUGCCUUCUGAUAUACUACCUCUGUAUUAGACGCGAAGUAGUCCAACAGCUAGACUGUAACGAUAUUUUGUUAUAAAAGUGUUGGCUGAUAUCUCAGACUGCUCAGGUUAUCUCUUGUUUUUGUUCUGUUUUUUGUGAUGGAUGCGUGUGAUGAAUCACGUCCAAGUUUUGUGUGUGUGAGUGUGUGUGUGUGUGUGGACUACUGCAUUUUUUGAAUGUUUAAACAUUUAUCUCAAAAGCAACCCUUUCAUAUUUAUAGUUUUAGCAGCUCUUUUACUCAGCCCAAGUUCAAACUGGGUGCAUCAGCAACACGUUCUAUUUAUAUUCUCGUCGAAUUGAAGCCAUGAGUAUUUUUUGUUUGUUUGUUUGUUUGUUCGUUCGGUUGGUUUAAGAUUGUCUGCUAAUUGACUAGAUUUUCAUGUGUUUUCAUUUCCAUACUCAUUGUGUUGUUUACAUUGGAACUGAAACCAUUUAUAUGUAACAGUGAUCAAAUAAAAAAAAAAAAAUUAUCCCUAAAACAUACAAUUUGCUCUGGAGU